AUGUCUCUGGAUCUCAAAAAUCUGCUAAUUGCCCAAGGCGAUGCGAUUGCUACACUUAAGCGAUCGCUGAUAAACUUUAAAAAGCUUCCCAAAGCUCAGGUCACUCUCCCAAAGACGAAGGGAAGACUGACAAAUUUAGAAGGCCUCUGGGAGAAUGUUCGAGCCCUCCACGUCCAGCUGCUACAGACGGCCACCCCGGAGGAGAAGAAGUCGACUCCCUACUUCCAACAGGACGACCUUCUUGCCGCCGAGGAAGCCUACUUCGCGGCGGAUCAUCUCCACGAGAUCAUCGGUAAAUUAAGUAACGACGCCCCGAGCGCGCCGUCCCGAGGUAACGAAUCAUCUUAUCGCGACGCGCACUCCGGCAUGUCAUUGCAUCUGCCUCGUAUUUCGCUUCCAAACUUUUUGGGUGCUUUCCCGGAAUGGGAAAAUUUUCGGGGAAUUUUUGAGUCACUCGUCGACAAAAACAAGUCCCUCACAAAGACUCAAAAGUUACAUUACUUAAAGGCGAGCCUCUCCGACGAGGCUGCCGUGUUAAUUAAUAACAUUCAUAUUUCUGACGCGAACUACGAGGCAGUGUGGCAACUUCUUCUCGACGAGUACGACAACCGUAACGCGAUAAUUCACGCGAACAUCCAUUCUUUCGCCGACUUACCAAAAAUGAAAACCAAGAAUGUUCUCGAAUUGAAAAAAUUUCGCAAUAACGUGUCUGCAACUCUCGCCGCUCUGACGAAUCUCGAGCGUCCUGUCGAUACGUGGGACGACCUCCUAGUUUACAUUAUAUCGCAAAAGUUUAGUCCGCGAACGCGCAAUGAAUGGAAUUUGAGGCGAGGCGGUACGGAUGAAUACCCCACGUACAAGGAGAUUCAUGACUUCAUAACUCUUCGCAUACGUGGCCUCACGGAUUAUCCGUCGCAAUUCGACUCCGCGUCGAGCAAUACGCGCGGAAACAAAUCUCGUACGUCGAUUAAUAAUGUGUCGCCCGUCAAAUGCGUCCGUUGUUCCGGAAAUCAUAGUCUGACAAGGUGUGAUAAAUUUCUAAGUUUGCCGAUUGAGCAGCGUCGACUCGUCGCGCGACAACAUAAAUAUUGCUUUAACUGUUUGAGGACUGAGCAUUAUUUAAAGAAUUGUCCGAGUAAAGGACGUUGCAAUCGAUGCCGGCAAGCUCACCAUUCGCUGCUUCACAGCGAGGGUACAGCCGCGAUUAAUUCGCCGUCCUCCGCGCCGUCAGCUGUGUCCGUCGCCGCUGCUCCCGAGCCUCCGGCCGCGCCCUCCGCGUCCGUUCAAACCGUGCAUGCUAUUCGAGAUGUAACGCAACCGCCUCAUGUACUUCUCGCCACUGCGUAUGUUAAUCUAAGUACUAUCGAGGGCCGCUCAUUCAAAGUACGUGCGCUACUAGAUCAGGGCUCGACAUACAGUUUCAUACCCGAAUCUCUUUGUCAGACUAUGCGAACCAAGCGUUAUCGUGCCGCGUUAAAAAUACAUUGCUUUGGAGAGAAAUUUAAUGGAGUCGCGCGAUCUCAAGUUAAUCUCACGCUCGCUCCAUGCGACAAACAGGGACCGAUAUUCCCAUUUUCGGGCUACGUAUACCAACGAAUUACUUCGUACACAGCCUCUCAAACACAGCCAGCCGCAAUGUGGCCGCAUCUACGCGAUUUACCGUUAGCAGAUCCCGAUCCCUCGUGUAAUUGCCCGAUUCAUGUACUAAUCGGCGCGGAUUUAUACGAUUCUCUGCUGCUCGACGGCCUCCGUCAAGGCCCGGUCGACACUCCGACGGGCCAGCUUACUGUUUUCGGAUGGAUUGUCUCAGGUCCUGCCGGCACCGCGCGCCCAGCCGGAGAGUCCGCUUCCGUUUUGAAUUGCGUAUCCUGCGAGGAUACGAAUUCAUUAAUCCAAAGUUUUUGGGAGGACGAAAGUAUCCUUUCUCAAAACCCUCUCACCGAAGAGGAAGAACGUUGCGAAAAACAUUUCGCUAGUACGCAUUCUCGCGAUUCUCAAGGACGUUACAUUGUUCGUUUGCCUUUCAAGAACGGUCCCCCUCACAUAGGCGACACUUUUCAAAAGGCUUCUUUCUUAUACUCCAAAAUGGAGCGCCGACUCUCGCAGAAACCCGAGAUCGCCGCUCAGUAUCACGAUUUCCUCACGGAAUACGAAUCGAUGGGGCACAUGGAAGAAGUACGCGACGACGAGCCUUCUCGAUACCCCCCGGUGUACAUUCCGCAUCAUUUCGUUUUGCGCGAAUCGAGUACGACUACUAAGUUACGCGUCGUGUUUAACGCGUCGAGCAAAUCGGACGAUAAAACCACUCUCAACGAUUACUUAAUGGCGGGACCGAAGCUACAACAAGACAUCGCUGCAAUAAUUUUACGCUGGCGAUUAUUCCGUUACGUAUACAUGGCGGACAUCGCGAAGAUGUUCCGUCAGAUACGCAUGCAUCGUGACGACGCGGAUUAUCAACGAAUUCUUUGGCGCCCUUCCGCAAGUCUGUUGAUUCGACUGUAUCGCUUGCUCACCGUGACUUACGGCCAAAAGCCAUCGCCAUUUCUCGCGCAGCGCUGCCUUCUUCAAUUAGCUCGUGACGAAUGUAAAUAUUUUCCCGACGCGGUUUCCAUAAUCGAAGAAUCGACCUACGUCGAUGAUGUUCUUUUCAGAGCAGACGACCUUCGGUCUCUGCUCAAAAAACGCAAGCAACUCGUCAGACUAAUGAAUCGCGGAUGUUUUCCCCUCCGAAAAUUCACCCGAACUGUUGACGGAUAUUUCGGUGGACCAACGUGA